AAGCUGCUGUACGUACCUAAAAAAGCAUGUGGGGGAAAGACGAAAGAUGAAAGACGGGCAGCCAGCUUUUAGCUGCUUUGAUCAGCUAGAAUGCACGUGCAUACUAGACUCUAGAUAAGAUAAGAAACAAUGUUCUUUCUUAUCUUAUCAUUAAGUGGUAUCAACGCUGCAUCGUAAGAAAUUUUGGAGCAUUUUACAAUAUGCUGCAUUAUUCCUAGUGAAACAAGAAAGCGAACGAACAAGCAUUGAAUCUCAGCGCGCAUCAGCUAUACCUCUCAAAAUACCAUACCUGAUAACGCCAUGGGUCGUGAUCUUCAGAAGCGCAAGAGACGUUCUUCUCGCCCCGCCAUCCGCCAGCCUUCAUCGACGUUGAGAUCGAAGCGCCUGUUGAAUCCGCUGGGGAAUGACUUGGUAGCUAAGAGCUGGAAUAAGAAAGAAACCGCAACGCAGAACUACCGCCGUCUCGGCCUCGUGUCCCGCCUGAAAGCGCCUACCGGUGGCGUAGAACCCAAUCUCGCGUCAAAGAAACUGCAAGGACGAGCUACGAAGCCUGUCGAUCCUUUCGCCAUCAGCCAACCCACCCGCGCUGUUAUUAGCGAGGUGCGCGUGGAGCGGGACGAGAACGGCAAGAUUAUACGCGUACUCGACGGUUCAAAGCGGAAAGAAAAUCCGCUAAAUGAUCCCCUCAACGGCCUCGACUCGGAUGAUGAUGACGAUGAGGACGAAGAUGAGGAAGAAGAAGGUGAAGAGUGGAGUGGAAUCGAGGACGCGAAUGGACAGGAUGAUAUGAUCAUUUCGCAGCUCGAGGACGAAGCCAACAGGCCUAUAGUUAAGAAGCCACGAACCCUGACCAAAAGGGAGACUGAGUGGUUACAGAGCCUUGUGGACAAACAUGGAGAUGAUACUAAGGCUAUGUCGAGGGAUCGCAAGUUGAAUCCGAUGCAGCAGACAGAGGCGGAUAUCGCUAGGAGGAUUAAGAAAUGGAGGGGUUCCUCGUCGACUUAAAAAAAGGGGAAAGGGACUCUAACCCGGUGGAUGGAGUUUUCUGCAUUGCAAGGAGUUAUGGAUCUUAGUAUUUUGACUGGCUAAGAAGUUAGCCCUCGGUAUAUACUUGAAAAAGCAUAGGCUAUCUUGCCGUCGUUCACAUCUAGAUACUUAGGCAUACAUAGGUAUUGACCGAAACAAUAGAGUGAACCUGUGGAAUAGCUAUAUAAAGCCAAUAUUUACC